GCCACCCCAUGAAGGUAGCACCAGCAGCCUCGAUGACGCUAAUCGUCGCAUUAUUUUUGUCCUCCUGUCGUCGCCAUUGCUGCCUUAUAGAACAUCUUUCAGCAGCUGUGUGCGGUUAAUUUGAUACAUGUAACUGUUUUUUUAUUUGAAACGUGAAGCUUUUACCUCAUGUAAAGCGUCCCGACUACAUGAACUCAACAGAUACCGAGUUUACUAGCUAGCUAGCUAGCUACAUCAUACGAAUUAGCUACACAGCGUUAGCAGAGACAAUAAGUGAACGUUAGCUAGCUAGCUAACUAAUGUUAGCAUAACGUUAGGUGGUUGUGUCUUGUUGUCCUGCUGGUGAUUAGUUCUCCAUUAGAGGUUAUUUGUAGACGUGUGGAAGAUGUCGCUACACGGUAAACGUAAAGAAAUAUACAAAUACGAGGCGCCGUGGACAGUUUACGCCAUGAACUGGAGUGUCCGGCCGGACAAACGGUUCCGCCUGGCGCUCGGCAGCUUUGUGGAGGAGUACAAUAACAAGGUUCAGAUAGUUGGUCUGGAGGAGGAGAACUCAGAGUUUGUGUGUCGAAACACUUUCGACCAUCCCUACCCCACCACCAAGGUCAUGUGGAUUCCCGACAGCAAAGGAGCGUACCCUGACCUGCUUGCCACCAGCGGAGACUACCUGAGAAUCUGGAGGGUGGGCGAAACAGAGACCCGACUGGAGUGCCUGCUCAACAAUAACAAGAACUCUGACUUCUGUGCACCACUCACAUCCUUUGACUGGAACGAGGUGGACCCAAACUUGUUAGGUACUUCCAGUAUCGACACUACCUGUACAAUCUGGGGGCUGGAGACUGGACAGGUGCUGGGCAGGGUCAACUUAGUGUCUGGUCAUGUCAAGACCCAGCUCAUUGCCCAUGACAAAGAGGUGUAUGACAUCUCUUUCAGCCGAGCGGGUGGAGGCAGGGAUAUGUUUGCCUCAGUGGGAGCGGACGGCUCGGUUCGCAUGUUUGACCUACGUCAUCUCGAACACAGCACUAUCAUCUAUGAAGACCCACAGCACCACCCACUGCUCCGGCUCUGCUGGAACAAGCAGGACCCCAACUACCUAGUCACCAUGGCGAUGGACAGCAUGGAGGUGGUGAUCUUAGACGUGCGUGUGCCCUGUACUCCGGUGGCCAGACUCAACAACCACAGGGCCUGUGUCAAUGGAAUCGCCUGGGCGCCGCACUCCUCCUGUCACAUCUGCACAGCAGCGGAGGACCACCAGGCUCUAAUCUGGGACAUCCAGCAGAUGCCGCGGGCCAUUGAGGACCCUAUACUGGCCUACACAGCCGAGGGAGAGAUCAAUAAUGUCCAGUGGGCCACCACCCAGCCCGACUGGAUUGCUAUCUGCUACAACAACUGCCUGGAAAUCCUCAGAGUCUGAGCUGCAGUCAUGAAGAAAUAAGGCGACUCAAAAACUAUCUCAGUUGGAUAUACAAGCUGUAUAAGGAAGGAAGGAGCAAUAUUCAGUUUGUGCUCGUAUUGGGUUCAUGUUGAUUCAGAUUGUGUGUGUAAAGCUUUUUUUCACUCAACUGAGUGAGAAGGGAACUAGAGUACGUCAGCGCUUGACUUUGUGAUACAAUAUCAAGACGUACUUUAUCAGAAAACUCAAAAGGAGAGCCAAAACAAAAAUGGUAACCAAGUCUCAAAAACUGUCAUGUACCGACAUGAACCAAGGUUAAAUAGCCUUCAAGCUUUCAGCAUGUUGUCUCAGACAAAAAGGCUCGUCAGUUACAUGUUUUUAUACGCUACAUGGUGCAUUGUAUCUAUAGUUUUACUCCUUACGACAUCCUCAAGCAUUCAUUUUUACGAUGCAGCAAAAAUGUAGUUUAGCCACAUUUAAAAGUGGAUUGAAUGUGGUUAAUGUGGAUUUAAGUGUUCAUAUAUUCAAUUGUUUUUUUUAAACCUAUAAAUAUGUAUUUUAUUCAACUGAACAUCAUUUGUGAUAUGAUAAACAUCUCUGUUGUUGUGAUUCAUUCAUUAUCUGUGCAACAAUUUACUAGUAUUAACCAUGACCAUAAUGCAAUUCUUUUUUUUUGUAAUUUGUGCACCAAUUAUUUUAUUCAUAUUACCAUUUUAUUUGAUACAAUAAUAAACAGUCCCUCACAGUUCAAACCAUUAUACAGAAGUUUUAUAUUUAGACAGUUAUUUCCUUAUUUCACAGUGAGGUGACUCAUUGACAUAUAGAUAAGAAUCUAUAGUACAGAUUUACAGUUAGAAAUGAUAGGUUGAAAAAGUGUAUCCUGCCAUUUACUGUAUAUGGAAAGUUACAUUUUUUUCAAAGAGCCUAGAAAACUGACAUUGUAUUACAAAUGCUGUGAGUCCUGUUGUGAUAUUGAGUUCUGUUGUGAUAUUGGGAUUGGGAUGUGAAGACGGAGUGAACGGGAGUUAUUUCUUACUUGUUGUAAAUGUUUCAGUAUGGGGGUCAGUGAUGUGUGAUCUUUUUUUUUUUUUUUUUGCUAAACAUAAAGUCAGAAAACCA